CAAAACAAACAGGAGCAAGUAGUGCAUUUCUUUGGAACUAUUUUCAGUGGCGGUGUAAUCCACAUUUGGUGCUGUAGUGAGUUUUUGUGGCAGCAGGACGGUGUGUGUGUGUGUGUGUGUGUGUGUGUGUGUGUUUGUUUGUGUGUGUGUGUGUGUGUGUGCGUGCGUGUUUGUCUGCGUGUGCGCGCGCUAAAAUAAAACCCUCAGGUACAUCUACUUUGCAAUCUGCAAACCCCCACUCCUCAUGCAUCAGCCUCUCCAUCCUCCCACACCCACUCCCUAAAUCCACUGGGAGAACUUAGCUCCUUCUGAUUGGUCGGGGAUGAGUCAACGAGGGGGGACGGGAACAAUGUCAUCAUGUCGCUUUAAAAAGAGUGCAGCUAUGUUGUGGUGAAAGCAUCUCGGGAGGAGAACAGAGGAUCAAUAGCAGCAGGAAACGACAACAAAAAGACGCAUCAGAUGUUUCUGUCCGCGCGCGGCUGAAAGUGGAUUUCUUCUCCCCGCAGCAACGUCCCAAGUGCCUUCAGCUCUCCGUCCAGCGUUAACAUGCCGAGAGGAUUUUUGGUGAAAAGGAACAAGAAACCAAACCCGGUGUCCUACCGGGUUCGCUCCGACGAACAGGUAGCCCAGCAAACAGCGGCUAAUGCGCCGGCGUUGCCGCCCUCCUGCGCGCCUCUCGCCUCCAUCCCGGUGCGCGCAAAGACGCCGACGCCCACCUGCGGGGCUGCGGCCACGGCACCGGAGCAUGUAGCUAGACCGGUGCAAUUCGGGAACCCGGAGGCGGUGUACCAAGCGCUCUACAGCCCCACCCGCCCCGUGAGCCAGGACUACGACCGCUCCUACUUUGAGAGACGAUUCAACCUCGGAUCACCGGUUUCCGCGGAGUCUUUCCCCGCACCAGCAGCGCUCCCAGCGUUGGACCACCUCUUUGCCCCGGUGGACCUGAAAAUUGGCUCCAGCAACAGCAACCGCACUGAAGCCAGCGCCACAUCCAGCGCGACGCUGCCCACCGUCCGUACCAAACGUCCGUCCAGCGACACCGAGCGCAAAGGCAAACCGCCAUCCAAGAAAACCAAAGCUAUCCGCAAACUGCACUUUGAAGAUGAUGUCACCACGUCUCCGGUCCUCGGACUCAAGAUUAAAGAGGCUCCGGUGGACCAAAAGCCUCCCAGACCGCAGCUGCCUGGAGGGGACAACGUCCCGCUGGGGGAGUUCGUGUGCCAGCUAUGUCGCGAGGCGUACGCGGACCCUUUGGCUCUGGCGCAGCACAAGUGCUCCAGGAUAGUCCGGGUUGAGUACAGGUGUCCUGAGUGUGACAAGGUGUUCAGCUGCCCGGCUAACCUCGCCUCGCACCGGCGGUGGCACAAACCGAAGCCGCAGAGCGGAUCCUCCGGUGGGCAACACUUGGAAAGCGACAAGGCGGCUGCCUCCGGUAAAACAGCGCCGGAUGAUGCGAAGGAUUCUAGUGACAGAGACACACCCAGCCCCGGGCCGUCCGAGUCCGGCUCAGAGGAAGGGCUGUAUGAUUGCAAUCACUGUGGGAAAAAGUUCAAGCGCCAAGCUUACCUGCGGAAGCACCUUGCGUCCCAGCAUGGCUCCCCCAAGCCGGCAGAGGACGAGGACGCCUCUGCCUGCGAGCAGAGCGCGGCGCCGCUGAACCUGAGUGCCUCCGCCUGCCACAUGUGUCCGGUCUGUGGGGAGAACUUUUCCAACAGAGGCAGCCAGGAGCGGCACAUCCGCCUGCUGCACUCCUCGCAGGUCUACCCGUGCAAAUACUGCCCAGCCGUGUUUUACAGCUCCCCGGGACUCACCAGACACAUCAACAAAUGCCACCCGUCCGAGAACCGGCAGGUGAUCCUGCUGCAGAUGCCGCUCCGCCCCGCCUGCUGAUCCGGGAAUAAAGGCUGCUUUCACUGUCAGAUUAAAGCCUUGUUCCUGAGAGGACUUUAGGGUCACACUGCAAACAUAUCCGUUUUAAAAAAAGCUUGGGCUCCUAAAAUCUUAAUUUUGUUCAUUUAUUUUUUAAAUCAAAGGAAAAAUACAUGGCACUUUGGUGAGAAGCUGAAACUCUGGUUGACUUCACUGUUGAUGGGAGUGAUUUACUUUCUCUCUAGUUUCAAUUAUUUGGGAGAAGAAAAAAACACUAAAUUAAUUUUUUUGUUUUAUGUUUGGGACGUUGAUUCAAGCAAAUGCAUAAAUCACAAAAGAACAAAGAGGAAUGGUUCCUGGCAUCCACAUUUUUAGGCAUAUUUUGACAAUUCAUUGAAGUAGAAGAAGAACUGAAAGGAUAUUUGUCUGCAAUGCAACUCCUACAGCAAACUAUGUGACUCACACGCACCAUAUUUGUAGAGGUUUAAAGGUCAGCCGCUCACCUGCAGCUGGCAGGGAGUCAGUGCCUUGCUUAAGGACACUUCAGCAGGUUCUGGGUGUGUGUUUGAACCCUGGCUUUUCGCUCUCCCCCCACCCCCCCUUUACUUCAAACACUUAAAGCGUUAGACUGUUAAUUUAUUUUUGUAGCAUCUGCACAAGUGCUAUUAGCUUCUAGACCUAAGAGAGGGGACGACCUGUAGCCGAAACAGGCCUGAGAAGACCUUAAAUCUCAUCACUCUGAUUAGCUUUAACUUUAGCUUGUGGAUCCGUGGAUCAGUAGCUGUUGCCUGGAAACA